UUUGAUUUAAGUUUUGUCUUUUGAGCUAUGGCCUCUGCCUGCAAUGACAUUAUUACCAGGUUUUUGCACUCAAAAGGAAUCAUUUACUGCGAUCUGAAACCAUCAAACAUCUUACUGGAUGAAAAUGGUCGUACAAAGCUUUGUGAUUUUGGAUUGGCAAGAAAAUUGAAUGAUAUAUCUAAAACUCCUUCAUCCUCGUUGCCACAAGCAAAACGUGGAACUCCCUUUUACAUGGCUCCUGAGUUGUUUCAGGAUGAAGGGGUCCAUUCUUAUGCUUCUGAUUUGUGGGCUCUUGGUUGUGUGCUAUAUGAGUGCUACGUUGGGAAUCCACCCUUCAUGGGAAAAGAAUUUACUCAGUUAGUAAAAUCAAUCCUUUCAGACCCAACUCCAUCUCUUCCAGGUACUCCCAGCCGUCCCUUUGUCAAUCUAAUCAAUUCCCUCCUGGUGAAAGAUCCGUCUGAAAGAAUACAGUGGGUUGAGCUCUGUGGACAUGCUUUUUGGAGAACAAAAUUUACUCCACUGCCUUUACCUCCUCAGCCUGCUUUCACUAAUAUGAUAGAGCUUUUAUCUAAACCAUAUCUCUCAGAACGCAAUAGCGACAAUCCUCCCCAAAACAAAACCCCACCAAAAUCUCGUGGAAAAGAUUCCAAAGGGGGUCCCAAACAGGAUGAGAAUUCUAUUUUGGGAUUUAAAUUGUAG